UCUCCAUGGUACAAGAAAUAGUAUUUUCGGCCAAUGGCUGGUUCAGAUUUAUUUUCACGAAAAAUUUUCGUGAUAAUAUUAGCCCUUUUAUGCUCGGCACGAGCUAUGAGUAUGAUCGACAAUCAUAGCUUGGAAGAGAAACAAAUCGAGGAAUAUUACCUAGAUCAUGAAGUAUCAGAAAUGGAAGCUUUUGCCGCAGCAAGAAGUGCUGAUAUAAACGAAAGUCCAGUUGGUUGCAAGACUUGUACUGUUGAUCAAUUAAUGUACUGUUUCGGUAAUGGAUUACUGAAUGACCAUUGUUGCUGCGAUAAACGCUAUGAAGAAACUUUGCCGUUCAUACCACUUCUUGCUAUUUAUCGUCCAAAACAUGCACUUUGCAUGCGGCUAAUUGCGGCGAAUAUCAUCGGAUCAAAAGGUGCUGCUGCGAUUCUCCUUUGA